CUCUUUCGACAGCAAAUUUGUGUAUCGACAACAAGGAGUUGGACCAAUUGAACAGGACACCAUUCUGGUGCUGAAUCCGAGUAGUGCUCAACUGCUUCAUUCCACGGGCAAAAAUCUAUUUUAUUUACCACAUGGCUUGAGUAUAGACCAGAAUGGUAACUACUGGGUCACUGAUGUAGCGCUCCAUCAGGUUUUCAAAUUGGGAGCGGAUGAUAAAGAGCCAUUAUUGAGCUUAGGAAUAGUGCUGCAACUGGGCAGUGGAAAAAAUCACUUCUGUCAACCAACCGAUGUGGCUGUGGAUCCAGUCACCAGCAGCAUCUACGUCUCUGAUGGCUCAUGCAACAGCCGAAUCAUUCAGUUCUGUGCCAGCAGGUUGUUCCUCAAGCAGUGGGGUGAAGGCACUUCUUCAGAUGGAGCCAGACCUGGGCAGUUCCGUAUCCCUCACAGCUUAGCCCUGAUCCCUGAAUUCAGUCAGCUCUGCAUUGCAGACAGGGAGAACGGUCGCAUCCAGUGCUUCGAGUUAGGGAGUGGGCAGUUCAUAAGGGAGAUCAAGCACAAAUCAUUUGGAAGAGAAUUGUUUGCCGUUUCCUAUGUGCCAGGUGGUCUCCUCUUCACAGUUAAUGGAUUGCCUUAUCCUGGAGAGACGAAACCAGUGCAAGGAUUUGUGAUGAACUUCUCUACUGGAGAAAUAAUUGAUACUUUCAGUCCUGUUAGAAAGAGCUUGGAGAUGCCACGCGAUGUUGUUGCUUCAGAAGAUAAAACAGUAUUUGUUGGAGAUGUUCAUGCCAGAACAGUGUGGAAGUUCACAUCCACAGAAAAAAUGGAAUAUCGGUCAGUUAAAAAGGCUGGCAUUGAGGUGCAGGAAGUGAAAGAAACAAUUAUAGAAACCAAACUGAAAAACAACCCACAAUCAACAGAGCCUCUCAAGAAGGAGGAAAAACAGCAUUUGGUGCACCAGGCCGGCGCUAGGGUUUCUUUAGCUCUCAUUACAACUCUGCUAAUUAUCCCUGUCGUCAUCCUGCUGGCCAUUCUCGCCUUCAUUCGGUGGAGGAAGGCAACAAUCUAUGGAGCCAAUGCGGAACACAAAAUUGAUUCAAGUUCAGGCAGAAUUUUAGGCAGACUUCGAGGAAAAGGUGGCGGUGGCCUUAACCUUGGUAAUUUCUUUGCAAGUCACAAAGGCUACAGCAGAAAAGGGUUUGACCAGCUCAGCACUGAAGGAAGCGACCAGGAGAAAGAUGAAGAUGAUGGCACAGACUCAGAGGAAGAGUAUUCAGCACCUCCACCUCCAGCAGCACCAUCGUCAUCCUGAAACCAGCCUUUGAGUUCUCCAUUAUAUGAUUCAAUCCAGAAUGUCAGAUUCCUUUUCCCUUAAGCACGUUUGAGAUUUUGUGUAUUUAAUUGUAAACUGUACUAGUCUGUGUGGGGCCGUACACUGG